AUGUUCCAGCGAGCCUCCGAAUUUUAUCGAAGGGUGGCGGCUCUCCUCGCGAAUGAUGACACUGAUUGGAGUUUUAUAUCCCCAAUUGCUCCCCAUUACGAAGAGUUAUGGGAAGCAGGAGUCAAGUCGGUGAAACACCACUUGAAAACAGUCAUGGGCGAGCAUACUCUGACCUUCGAAAAGUUGCCGACGGUUCUUGUUGAAAUUGAGGCCUAUCUCAAUUCACGACCACUGGGUGCGCUAAGCUCCGAUCCUGAGGGUCUCCAUGCGUUGACACCAUUCCACUUCCUAGGGGGAAGCACGUCGGCCGUAUUCCCAGAGGACGAUCUCUCGGACAAACCUAAGAACCGUUUAAGCCGGUUUUAG